ACAGUGUGUGUGUGUGUGUGUGUGUGUGUGUGUGUGUGUGUGAUAUGGUUCAGAAGCAGAAAUCAAUGUUGUAACCUUAGCGGUACAAAUACGAAUAAAAGAAAAGUUCUAAGGGUUUGAGCUGUUCACCUCAUAAUACUCUUUCCAGAAAUAAAAAUCUCCACCCUGUACAGAGCAUAUUUUCUCCUUUGUGCCAGUUUGAAGCCACACAGGGUGCAGUGUCCAGAAUGUGUGAGUCAUUUUGUAACCCAGGGGUGUGGACUGCAGAGCACAGGAGAGAAAAAAAAGAGCUGUUCUUGUAAGGCGAGAUUAGCUCUGCACUCAUGAUGACAAACUGAGAAGAAGGUCUGUCCUGUAAACAUGGGUAAUGGAGUGUGUCCAAGGUUGGGUCAGAUAAACCCCCCCCAUUCCUCAGCCAAAGUAGUAUCCUUUGACUUCUUUUUUGCUAACAUGUUCUGCAACACCUUGUGCCACACUCAGCGCGCACAUUCCCACCUGCCCAGUAAAAGCUGUGAGCAGCCUCACUGGAGCAGCUGGUCAGGGUUUCAAUGUUCACUCAUCACCACAGGACUUGCGAAGGGAGUGGAGACUGAUUUUUAUAUUCGCCCACACAUAAGCCUUUAAUUUAUGAAUCCAGAGCACAUUCUUGGUUUUUGUGUUUGGGUUUACAUUUGGCUUCAAUUACAUCCUAUGUCAUUAAAAGACUUGGAUUAAAAGGACCAGUUCUCAGUCCCUCAUAGCCCUCUCCAAAUCAAGCUCUGACUCAUGAUGCAAAGGUUAAGAAACUCACAGCUAAUGUUCUAUUGAUUUUCUCUCAUUUCUUACAGUUGAUGAAGUGUUGCAAAAGGACGCAUGCCCAAACAGUAGAUGGCAGUGUAAUACAUCCAGGUUUGGUGUGUCGUUUCCUUUUGGCAGUGACACAGAGGAAGACAGCAGCAAGCACAAACAAGCCUGGGUUUCUUGUCUGGGAUAUUUGAUCAUUCCACUGUAAAUUUAUGACGAUUCUUGUCAUAACAGGUCAGGAUAAUGGCCAGUAAGAAGAAAGUAAUAGUAACAGGCUUUGAGCCAUUUGGAGAGCACGCAGUAAACUCCAGCUGGGUGGCAGUACAGGAACUGGAGCGACUAGGGCUCGGUGAGGCAGUAGACCUCUAUGUGUGUGAGAUGCCUGUUGAAUACCAGGCUGUUCAGAGCCUACUGCCGUCACUGUGGAAAGAGCACCAGCCACAGUUAGUCGUCCAUGUUGGUGUCUCUGGAUUAGCUACCACAGUCACUCUGGAGCAGUGCGGCCACAACAGGGGUUACAAACGCCUGGACAACUGUAGCUUCUGCCCAGCCUCUCAGUGCUGCAUGGAAAAUGGCCCUGACUGCAUAAACUCAGUCCUGGACAUGGAUGCAGUUUGCAAAAGAGUCAGUGACUCUGACAUUGGAGUUGCUGUGUCAGUGUCUAAAGAUGCUGGAAGGUAUCUUUGUGAGUAUACCUACUACACAUCUCUGUACCUGAGCCACGGCCGCUCUGCCUUCGUCCAUGUGCCUCCUCUAGGGAAACCCUUCAGCAGCCAGGACCUGGGUAGAGCCCUUCAGGCCAUUGUACAGGAGAUGCUGAACCUGCUGGAGUUGGAUUGUUCUGAGGAGGAGCACAAAGAGGACAAGCACUGUGAUCACAAGCAUCAAUACCUGCAUGACCAGUAACCUGAGUAAAUCAAACUGCCCAAAAUGGACUGCUGGCCUGUACUAAUAUUCCAAUCACUGUCUCUUCUGAGGAAAGAAAAACGAUUUUGAUUUAGUUGUAUGGAUUAGAAAGUGUAGAAACUGUCAAUUACUGUGUGUCUGAACUAGGUGCUACAAAAAAGCUGUAUCUUAAAAAUACUGUACAAGUCUGUUCACAACACUCUGACUACAACUUCUGUUUACUGUAGUCUUUGUGUGUGAGCGUGGGUUUGAAUGUGUUUAUAAUGUACAAAAGUAGCUCACAUCAGGGAGUGUUUGUUAUGUCAACCCAGUAACAUUAAUAUACAUUUUAAUAUUGCAUAAUUUUAAAAGGGGGGCCUUUUUGACAACAUCCACAUAUAAACAUCAGCAGUACUAACAAAGUAGUGCCCUUAAGUUAUAUGGUGACACACUGUGGGAAUUUUUACAGUUAAACUAACAGUUUCUUUGCUGUUGUAGUCUUGAAAUUAUGUUUAUCCUUUUUAUUGCUCUUGUUUGCACCAGAGAAAUGAUGGGAACCUGAAGAAAUUUCCACAUUAGUAAUCAUUUGUUUAUCUCAGGGGCUAUAUUGCACAUGCGAUCAGUAAUUGCAGGUUGAUUGAUGUGUAACUGUCUGUGAUGGUGCAGCUUUGGAAGUUAUUACUAUUAGCAUUAGUAGUGCUGGGUUUAAUUUGCAUAUUGCAGCAACCUUUCUGCAGUUUAAACAGCUUUGCAAAUUCGGCUUUGUAACUGACAUUUACAACUUCUUUCUUAUAAAUAUGCCUUCUAGACAUCAAUAAAAUUUGUUAUAUAAUUUGGUGAGAGCUUAUUUGAGUGAUGAAUAGUAAUGUUUAUUUUAAAAAAGAACCCCAACCACAAAAUAUCAAAUGCUUAAUUAAAAAAAAGUUAUAUAUGAGCUUGUAACAUAGUACAGUACAGUGCAGUACAUCAUGGUUCAUCAGACCAUCUGAACUUGUUCCAACUUUAUAAAUUGGUGCAGGACAGAGUGGAAGGAUCAUAAUGUUCCUGAAACAUUUGAACUCUUAAUAUUAAGGACUUGUUGAUCUCUGCUGUUCCUUUCCUUGUAUGUUUUUUAAAUUUACAUACAGGUAUGUGCCAA